CAUGCAUCAGUAGGAUAUUACCAGUUAGGUUAGGUAACUCAAUAAUCUUACAAAUAACUAAAAAUUAAUACAUUUGUAAUUAUUGUAUUGGAAAAUGAACGUUUGCGCAUAUAAGUAUUAUUUAUGGCUACAUGAUUGUUUAAAAAUAAUUAACAAACAAAAAAGAGAAAAAAGAAAAAAAAUUGUUGCUGCACUUUUAAUAAUUUUAUUGGAAAAUGAGCAAUAUAAACAAGUAUAUUCGAAGAAACGGUUCUGGGUGAAUCCAUUACUUGAAGAACGAAAGAGGCAUGGUUUUUACCAUUCGUUAUUUCCAAUAGUUUCAUUAGAUAGUUCUAUAUUCCUUAACUAUUUUCGUAUGACACGUGUACAAUUUGAGGAAUUACUAAUUAUGGUGGGACCUAUAAUUUCUAAACAAAAUUUAUGCAGAGAACCAAUUUCAGCAGCAGAACGAUUAUCAAUUACUUUGAGCUUCUGGUGAUUCGAUGACUUCUUUACAUUAUCAAUAUUUGAUUGGAUUGACUACUGUGAGUAAUAUUAUAUCAGAAACAUGUCAAGCAAUAUGGAAUUGUCUUCAACCAGAAGUUUUACCAUCAAAUAUUGACAAAAAUGGAUGGUUACGUAUUGCAAAAGAAUUCGAGGAUCUGUGGAAUUUUAAUCAUUGCAUAGGAGCAAUUGACGGGAAACAUAUAGUAAUUCAGUGUCCUGCUAAUGCUGGUUCCUCUUAUUAUAAUUAUAAAAAUUGUCACAGUAUUGUGCUUUUAGCUAUUUGUGAUGCUAAAUAUAGAUUUACUUUUGUUGAUAUUGGUGCAUAUGGACGACGAAGUGAUGGUGGAAUCUUCAGAGAUUCCUUAAUAGGACAAAAAUUCAUAAAUAAAGAGAUGAACUUGCCUGAAUGGGAACCUUUGUCAUUUGAAGGAGUUGAUAUGCCUUACGUAUUAAUAGGAGAUGAAGCCUUUCCUUUAUCAGAAUAUUUAAUGCGACCUUAUCCAGGGAAAAGUCUUAAUGAAGACAGAAUUAUCUAUAAUUAUCGUUUAAGUAGAGCAAGGCGAAUAAUUGAAAAUACAUUUGGUAUACUCAGUAGCCAAUGGAGGAUUUUGAGAAGACAUAUUGAUUGCAAAAUAGAUAAAACUGCGACACUCAUUCAAGCUCUUGUGUGUUUACAUAAUUGGCUUCGAAUAAACUAUGAAGAUUCUGAAUAUGUACUUGAAACAAUGGUAGAUCGUGAUGGACCUGAAGGAUUUAUUCCUGGUAGUUGGAGGCAAAAUUUGUCUAACUACAGUGCAUUAGUAAAUAUCACUAGAUGCAGUACAAAUAAUAGUUCACGUACAGCUAUCAAAAUACGUAAUGAAUUUUGUCAUUAUUUUAACAGUGAAGGUGCUGUGCCAUGGCAGUUUGACCAGUGCUAA